GCUCUCUUUGAUCUGGCGGUGCUGUAAAGCGCUGUUGUGUUGCGGGGUUGUUACUCUGUUACUCUCAGCUCGCGGAUCCGCGCGACAACUUUACUCCUCUCCCCGCCGCGCCGCGCGCUCACUCACCGCACCGGAGAGAGAGAGAGAGAGAGAGAGAGAGAGAGAUAAAAAGAAAGAAAGAUAGAGGGAUAUUAGUUUAGGAAUUGAUCAGUUUUGGAGCUGAAAUGCCGCAGUUGAACAGCGGAGGGGGAGAUGAUCUCGGGGCGAAUGAUGAGAUGAUCUCGUUUAAAGAUGAAGGCGAGCAGGACGAGAAGAUCCAGGAGAGCGGCUUCACCGAGCGGGACCUCGCGGACCUGAAGUCCAGCCUGGUCCACGAGUCCGAGAUCCACCAGAACUCCAGCGCGGCGGGGGUCCGGGCGCGCGGGCAGCCCGAUGAUCAGCGAGUUUAUUCCGAGAAACACCGAGACCAACAGCAUCUAGACGAGGUCCCAAAGCAUCAGGACGGAGGGAUGUAUAAAGCGUUUAAUUCUGGAUAUCCGUUUCUGAUGCUGCCGGAUCCGUAUCUUCCCAACGGCCCGGUGUCUCCGUCUGCUAAUAAAGUGUCGGUGGUGCAGCAGUCUCACACGAUGCACCCGCUCACGUCCCUCCUGCCCUACAGUAACGAACACUUCAACCCCAGCCCUCCUCACCUGCCCACAGACAUGAGCCAGAAACCAGGCGUUCACAGACAUCAGUCCCCGGAUCUCUCCGGCUUCUACCCCCUGUCUCCGGGCGGAGUCGGCCAGAUCGCCCCGUCCAUGAGCUGGCAGAGUCCGCCUGUGUAUCCUCUAUCCUCCUGCGGCUUCAGGCAGUCCUACUCCUCCAGCCUCCCCAGCAGCUCCUCCUACUCCAGGUUUUCACACUCGCUGAUGUUGGGUCCGUCCGGCAUGCACCCCACCGGCAUCCCGCACCCGGCGAUCGUGCCCCCCUCCGGCAAACAGGAGCACGAGCAGUACGACAGGAACAUCUACGUUAAGUCUCACGCGGAGCAGAAGCGUGAGCGUGAGCCGAAGAAGCCGGUGAUUAAAAAGCCUCUGAACGCGUUCAUGCUGUAUAUGAAGGAGAUGAGGGCGAAGGUCAUCGCUGAGUGCACCCUAAAGGAAAGCGCUGCUAUUAAUCAGAUACUCGGACGCAGGUGGCACGCUCUGACUCGGGACGAACAGGCGAAAUACUACGAGCUCGCCAGGAAAGAGCGGCAGCUCCACAUGCAGCUCUACCCCAGCUGGUCCGCCCGGGACAACUACGGCAAAAAGAAACGGAGGAAAAGAGAGAAGCAGCAGGAUUCAACAGCAGAUAACUCUCUUGACUGUUCCUAGGAGGAAAAAGAAGUGCAUUCGAUUCCUUCAGGGAGGAAACUGUUCCAGCCCACAUUCUUCCGAUGGAAGUGCUAUAGACUCUCCCUCCACCCCCCCCCACCCAUCCCGGCCCGGCUCCCCCCCACCCUCACCCCCCGGCCUGCACCUCCACCCGGCCCAGAGCAGAAAACACCCCGCCGCCCUGCCACUGCCCCUGCCACUGCCCCUGCCACUCAGCAGACCCGGCAAACUCUCGCUCUCCUUCAGCAGAGUCAAAUCAGAGACCACAGGCUGCACUGCCACGCCCCACUAACACCUGCCUCCGCCCAACUGCCUCCGCCCACACCACCUUUACCUGCAGGAACCUCCAAUAAAGAGCAGAGGUGCCUGAACCUCCACCACCCGGCUUCAGGAGGCUGAAGGAAGUCCUGCAGCAUGAAUCUUCCUCCUGAAUCCACCCGAACUCCACCUGCAGAAAACCUGUUUUACUGUUUUAUUCAUCCUCCAACAGCCUGGAUUAACUCAAACCCCCAUAAACCACGCCUCCAUCACCUCCAUCACCCCCCCCCCCACACACACACACCCUCAUCACUCCCCCAGAACAAACACGCGCCAUUUCAAGUGUUGUAAAUCUUAAAUUUUUUUAUAGAUAUGGAAUUCUCUAUAUAUAACUACUUUUAUAUGUUUUUAUGUAAAAAAAAAAAGAAAAGAAAAAAGACAAACUAUUUGGAUGACAUCAUAUUCCUUCUGUUUUCAUACAUUAAAAAAAACACUUUUCAAAAUAGUUCUGUUCUGUAGAUCUGUAGUGUUUCUGUUUUUCUUCUCAUUAAUCCAAACAAACCCAACGUCUGUAAAACGUGUGCAUUUGAUCAGCAUCUGAAAGUCAGUCAACAAACAAACAAACAAACAAACAAACAAACAAACAAAAAGCUUCACUGCAGUUUUCUGUCUGAACUGUUCGUUCGGCUGUUCUUUACCUGAUCAGUAUUCUCUCUCUCCUCCCAGCAGAGGGCGCUGUUCUAUAAUAAACAGCUCAUUAUUAAUGACUGACCAAACAAAACACACCUGUAUCACCUGUCUUUAGUUUAUUUUAUACAAGUGGAUUUAUUGUUUUUUCUUUUGAUGAAACUGAAAUAAUAUUCCUCAUUUUAAUACAUUAAACUAUUUUGGAAACCUUG